AUGCCAUAUUGUACGCAAAAGUAUGCCGUAUAUGCAGAUUUAUAUAUAAAUAAAAUAAUAGCUAUUAAUUGGAAAUAUAAAAAAUAUGUGGAGAAUAUUUAUUACCAGGAGUUUAAUUAUUCGAAUGUAAUCCAGGAGCUGUAAAUGAACUUUGGAAUGCAUUUUCUUUAUUUGAUUAUAAGACAAGAUUUUAAUAUUAUUUAGAAUGUUAAUCUGAGAGAAUGUAUGAACUAGUUUAUGCACUGUAUAAAUAAGGAAGAAUAGUAAAAGAAGUAAAAGAAAUAUUUAAUAAAUUAAAUAAUGAUAAUAAAAAAAUGUACUCGAAAAAAAUCAUUAAAAUAGCACAUAAUAAUCCUUUUGUUGUACAAGGAUUUAUCAUGA